AUGUUCCGACAAGCAGGGGUCUACAACCUCACCCGGACAAUCCGAUCGAUGCUGAAACGCUACCGGAAGGAACCACCCUCACUGACGAUGCAUCUCUACUCGGCUGGCUUUCGGCUGGGCACGAAGGACUCGAACUUGCACGCCUACGAUGGGGAGAUGAAACAUUGGAUGGACUGUAUACGCGAACAGAAGAUGCCCAACGAGCUGCUCGACGUACUCGAUGAACUGGGAAUCAGGUUCUACGACGGCUGUCUCAUCGUCGAGGUUCAUGACCACCGCUCUGCCCAGCAGUCCUCAGAACAGACUCAGCCGACAACCGACCAGCAUCAGUCAACUGGCACCAACCCACAGCAACCGCCAGGCUCAGCAGCAGCCCAUCAAAGACCCUCAAGCAGCCACCAUCAUCAGAACAACAACACCUCAUCCACCUCAACCGAUCUACCAAACGAUCAAGUCAGCGUCCAUCGUCUGGUACUCACCCCAACAUGCGAAACACUCUGGAGGGAUAUCCUACUCAUGAACGAAGCCAAAGUUACUCAGCUGAAUCGAGGCUCCAAAUCAUCAUCAGAGUUCAAAUGGGGACCAAUCACCGAGGAGGAGGCUGUCGAGCUCGAAGCAGCAAUCCUUGACCGCACGACGCCUGCGCUCUGUCUCUCCCCCAGUAUCAUCACCUCGCGGAUCGCCAAUCAAAUGCUAAGUGAAACCACCCUUCAGCCAUCUACGGAUAAGAAAAAGUCUAGGAAGAGGCCCCUCAAUUCCGGAGAAAAGGAGGCCAUGCGUCGCCAGCGUGAGCGACAGGAAAGGUACAUGCACAUUGCAGAUGAAGGCUACGAUCAAGCUUUUGCUCCUACAUUCUCACGAAUCGACUUGAUCAAACGAUUGCGGACUACUCGACCUGUCACCGCUGCUCCCAAGGAGCCAGAGAGAAAAUGGAACAGGCGCGAUCUCCAGCAAGAGCAAUUUAAAGGCUUCAUUCCGACCACUGUUUCCCCGUCAGACUUGUAUCUCCCAGGCUACCCAGUUCAUGAGUCCAAGACCGAAUCACAUCAGGUGCCCUUUCCAGUCGGGGGAAGUUCGGGCCAAAUGCCAUCCCACUCAGGGCGUGCUCCUACUCCGCCUCUCGCCUCGGCCGACCUUCCUGCACCGGUGAGCAAAAAGGCGGCCUCGAAGAAGAAAACGGUAGAGCGCUCAGAAACUGGAUCUCCGGCGGCUGGAACAUUAGCCCCAGCAAAAAAACCACCCAAGAAACCAAAGAAACAGGCCGAUCUGACCCCCGAGGAGGCAGAAGAGAAACGCAAGAAACAGGCAGAGCAAAGAAAGAUCCAGAAAGAACGCAAGCUCGCUUUGGCUGCUGCUGCCAAAGCUGAAGCUGCACAGAAAACUGCGGCUGCUGCUCAUAGUCACAAUACUAGUAUCAAUAAUAACAAUGUUUCAACUCCAUCGAAUGUAGAAAGUUCUUCUGCGGCUGCUCCCACGGCAUCAGAGAAUAGUAUUUUGGUUCCAAAUCGUGAUCACCCAGUCAUCCAAUCGACCGAGUACCAGCAUCACCAACAUGGAGACAUAAGCAUCAAUGUCCCCGACUCGAUCCCUGUAGUUACAGGCGAUAGCAUACCGGUCCCCAACCAAUUUACUUCAAACAAUAGUAACAACAGCAUUCCAGUCCCGAACCUGUCGAACCUCUCCAGCCGUACUUCUCCGGCGACCAACAAUGGGAUACCCGUUCACCGGGAGCUGAGCACGAACAACAGCAGCAUCCCUGUGCCCGCCUUCAGCCACUCGAUUCCCGUCCCCUCUCCAAACCAUCACAACAGCAUCCCCGUCCAUCAGGGCAUCCCGGUCACCACCGAACUACUACCCAUGAGUGCCACUGAUAGCAUUCCUGUGCCUUCACCUGGCACCGAUAUCAACUGCAUCCCCGUGUCCAACCUCGUCCACCACCAAACCAUCGACCAGCACGCGAGCAUCCCCGUGCCUCAACCUCAGCCCCAGCUUUGGAACCCCGUCUUCGCUAACUUUCGUGCCCCUCCUCACCCCAAUCAUCUACAUCAGAGACCCCAGGAUAUCGAUAUCGAUGUCCAUCUCAGAGCCUCACAGCCCCCCGCUAUCCCCUCCCUCGCUUCUAUCGACGAAAAUUUACUGGUGGCUCACCAACGGAACAGACUGGUGACCAAAGCAUUAGUGGCCGGGGCCCUCAGCAACCCCUCACACCUCCCCAGGUUGGAACCCGCCAUCCCCUGA